AUGGAUGAGAGAUCCAGUAAGCUCAUGUUGGUUCCCAUCCUGGCGGUGCUGUUUGUUAUGAUUGGUUACCAGUACAUAUGUCCCGCAGGCAGCAAUUCGUGCCACUUCAAGCCCGGGGAGAAGCUGAAGGGGGUGAGCCUGCUCUCCAGCCCGGACCAGGACACAGAUGAUUUCUACCGGGACCAGGACCUGGAGGACGACAGCCCCGCCAGGCUGCCCUCCAAAUUCAACUUCACAGAGCGGGACCUGGACAGACACGUGGAGUUCAACAUAAAGGGGGACGACGUGAUCGCAUUCCUGCACAUCCAGAAGACCGGGGGCACCACUUUCGGGAGGCACCUGGUGAGGAAUAUUCGCCUGGAGCAGCCGUGCGACUGCAAGCCGGGCCAGAAGAAGUGCACCUGUCACCGGCCGGGCAGAGACGAGUCCUGGCUCUUCUCCCGGUUCUCCACAGGCUGGAGCUGCGGGCUGCACGCAGACUGGACCGAGCUGACCAACUGUGUGCCCGUCAUCAUGGACAAGAAGGAGGCCCAGAGGAACAAGAGGAACUUCUACUACAUCACCAUGCUGCGCGACCCGGUCUCCCGCUACCUGAGCGAGUGGAAGCAUGUUCAGCGUGGCGCCACAUGGAAGACCGCCCUCCAUAUGUGUGAUGGACGCUCCCCCACCCAGGAUGAGCUGCCCACCUGCUACAGCGGGGAUGACUGGUCCGGUGUCACCCUGACCGACUUCAUGAACUGCCCGUCCAACCUGGCCAAUAACCGGCAGGUCCGCAUGCUGGCUGACCUGAGCCUGGUGGGCUGCUACAACCUGUCCUCCAUGAACGAGAGCCAGCGGAACCACAUCCUGUUGAGCAGCGCCAUGAGCAACCUGAAGAACAUGGCAUUCUACGGCCUGACGGAGUUUCAGCGCAAGACGCAGUACAUGUUCGAGCGGACGUUCAGCCUGCGUUUCAUCUCCGCGUUCACGCAGAUCAACAGCACGCGAGCCGCCAACGUGGACCUGAGCGAGUCUGUGCGCAGACACAUCGAGGAGCUCAACUUCUUGGACGUGCAGUUGUACGAGUACGCGAAGGACCUGUUCCUCCAGCGAUUCCAGUUCACCCGCCAGAGAGAGCACCAGGAGGUGCGCUUGAGGCGUCGCAAGGAGAGGCGUUGGCUGAGGGAGCAAAGGGAGCAGGGCAGGCCGUGGCAACCCAAGUACAGAGGAGGUGGAGACAGAGGCGAGAGAGCAGGAGGAGGUUUGGAGGAAGGGACUGAUGGGAACUUUCCGACCACUACUGAGGACUACACAAGCCAAGUGGCCCGCUGGUGA